ACACGAGUAAUUUUGGUUAAAUAUUUCCUUAAUAAAAUGUUUAAAGCUAAUUAAAUUCAAAGUAAACAAAUAUUUUUCUAAUGAUUUUCAUCCUAGUAAGCGCAAAAGACUUGCUUUGGGUAAAUCAAAACACUCCUUUAUUUGAGUUACCUCUUCAUUUCAAUCAAACAAUUUACCUAAACGAUGUGGUUAUGAGUGCGAUACAAUUUAUCAAAAUAUAUUUUACAGAUCCAGCAAUAACGUUCGUAAGCACUGUUCGGCUACCAAAGAAUGUUCACAAGGGGGAAUAAUAACUUCCGAUGUGAAUCAGACGUAGCAAGGGCCAUGGAGGAAGCUUUGCAAUUAUCCCGCAAUAUUGGCCAGGUCUACGAUUAAGGUGAUGAAAGAGACCCAAUGCCACCGGACCCGGUCGCCCAACUAUGCGAGUUCGUUGACCAAGUCAUGAAAACUAGAGAAAGCUGAACCGGGGCAGGUGCCCGGCCAAAACUAACCAACUACCUGAUACUGGGCCAAUAGCGUGACGUAAUCAUAUCGGAGACUGUUUGGUUUUGCAGAACUUAUCUUGUACACGAACAAAGUGAGGCAGAUAAAGAAAUGAAUGAAAAACCUAUAGAGCAAUAAAAGUCAAACCUAUAGACCAAAGAAAAAGUCCAACUUUUGCCGUGUUGACACUAUAUCUGACAUGUGAACCAAGAUAAUUCGGGCCAUGCUUCCACCGGCGACUCCAGAAACGAUAAAUUGUCGUUCCACCGGCCAUUCUUUCCCUAUCUUGACCAAUUAGAAGUUCUACUGAAAAAAAUAAAAGUAUCUUUGGGUAGGAUAGACGAUAGACGAGUGAGCAUCGGAGAAGCGUCCUUGGUCAACACACGUUGUACGUUGUCGUGUCACCUGCUUCAAACAGUCGCCACCUACGCACGGCAUCUGGGGGAAUAAGAGAUAUCUACCAGUUCCUUGCUUCCUUCAUUUGAGAAAGAGAGAAAAAGAAUUCAAAAGGAAAAUAAAACGGACUUAGAAACUCAGAAAUAGGGAAUUCUCUUCAUGGCUAAUUUUCAUGGCAUAUUCCGAAUGUUCCUGGGUUAGUGCAAGAGGGUAUACGGAUAUCAAACAAAAGCCGACCGAACAUCCUUACGAGAGGACCGAUCCCCCCGCUAGCGGCUCGGAGGAAUCUUCUGCUCGCCGGGAGCAGGGAAUGCUUAAUUUCCAGGAGAGCAGUCCACUCUUACCCAACGAAGAAGUAGAAGUGUUUUUCAAUCACCUGGAUAGACCCAGCACCAACGAAAACGCAGCCGCGCGGAACGCCGGAGAUAGCGAAUCUUCAAAGCUUAACGCUCAGCAUCAGUCCGAUACCAUGUUUCAGAAUAGUAUGCACGCGAUGUCCCUCCCCACCGCUACUGCCCCUACCUAUCACGAGACUGCAGGGGCGAACAGUUUUAUGCACGCGGGCACCAGUCCCGUGUAUGUCCCAACUACGAGAGCGGUGCUUCCUAUGCAAUAUGCCUCCGGACAGUCGGUCUCCACCCCUAACGGCGGAUCCUCCAUGUGGAUGCAGCCUGACCCCUCAUACAGUACCCCAAACACGCACCCCUCAGUGUCUCCCAGGUUCGCCUUUGCCCCCUCACCGAACUCACCCAUCAGUUCCCCCACCGUGAGGGCUGACCAGGCCGGAUUUAACGCUCCCCUGCGGCCCAGCGGCAUCAGUCCAUAUUCAGCAUGGAGCCCGGAGCUGUCCUGGAACUACAACAUGGCCUUACAGCAAGGCCUAAGAAGACCAGGAGCCGAUGGACAAGACUAUUUCGCGGAUUUGGAGGGUCGGGAAUGCGUGAACUGCGGAGCAAUAUCCACCCCUUUAUGGCGCCGGGAUGGGACCGGCCAUUAUUUGUGUAACGCCUGUGGAUUAUAUCAUAAGAUGAAUGGGAUAAACCGCCCCCUAAUUAAACCACAAAGACGAUUGGGUGACUUCGGCGAGACAUAUCCUGCCACGCCCCCUUAUCAAUCAGCUGAUCCCACACUUCAGGCGUUUGGGCCCUGGACCACUGGUGCAAAAGGACUGGGCAAAUCAAGAUCGGCUUCCAGAAGAGUCGGGUUGUCUUGUGCCAACUGUAGUACUACUACCACAACGUUAUGGCGACGUAACAACGAGGGGGAACCAGUUUGCAACGCAUGCGGACUCUACUACAAAUUACACGGGGUAAACAGGCCCCUUGCCAUGAAGAAAGAUGGGAUUCAGACACGGAAGAGAAAACCCAAGAACCUUGCCAAAAAUAAAAACUCAAGCAAACAGGAACCUAAUGCGGAUGUAAAACCAGCCGUCUCGCCCAACACCUUGAACAAUAAUUCCUCAAACCAAAACAACGCCCUGACCAGCUCCAUGAACGGGCCUACCGGUGUAAUGGGACACAACUCGUCUAUGACCACUCUCACGUCAGUGGGAGGGGACCAUGAUAGGGGCCUAGGCAGUCCCGUUAACUUAGCCGCGGUUUCGCACUAUUCCUCGCCGUCUCCACCAAAAGCUGUUCCAGUCAAAAUAGAAAGUGACAGUCUCCAUGGACACGGUGGAACUCUUCAUUCUGAAUCCGGGUCACUAAGUGCCGUUACCGUAGGGGCUAACUAACGAAAUGUGUGAUUGGCCGGAAGUGAGCCGAAUCUCGCAGACAUUAUACGUAUUUGUAAACUUUACAACUUUUUAAGUAUAAAAAUUUUAUAAAUUAUUAUAUGAAAUGGUUCACAUGUUAUUUUCAUACCAUAUUUAGUCUUUUUGUUGGUUCUAGGGAGAACGGUUGCCUAGAAAUUGUUGAUUGUCUCAUAUUUUGAGUAUACUUUUAAAUGUAUUAUCUGUGUAUAUGCCAUGUGUCUUAAUGUUAAAAUCGUACUUCAAAUUUCUUGCAAUUCAGCAAUUUUAAAUUACAGGCCAAUAUAUAAUAAAUUUAUACUUAUAGCAAAUUCAAAGGCGCAACAAAAGUUUAGUGUAAGAUUUUUACAACUACCUCAGAUUAGCAUACUGUGUUCAUAUUAAUUCAGCUUCACAAUUUGAAGAUCCAUCUUGUAUAUUUCACUUUAUCAAUUAGAUACAGUAGGAAAAACUUGAAUUAUGUAUCACCUGGAAUAAAUCCCGGUGAAAAUAUCGAGAACUCUGUCGAAAUCCUAUGGAAUACAAGGACAGUAUCUUGCCAAAUCGUAUUACCCGAGACCUUCCGAUGUAUAAGCAAUAUCGGAAAGCCUUGGAUGCCAAGCUAUGUUCUUGCCUAUAGGUCUGUAAUUACGUGAUGUAGUGUUUAGAUAUCAGGGUAUAAGUGAUAAAUAUACGAUACUGUAUGUAUAAACUUAUUAAUACUACGCGAGUGAAUGAACAUGAAGGUGCUAUAAUCGGCGUGAAUCGGUUUGCCAUAUUUACAGAAAGCUAGUCGACUGUCGGAUUAUAUUUAUCUGGCGAAUUUAUUUGUAUUUUCGUGGUAAAAUAGUUAAGAGUUGAAGUAUGGAGUGACACUUAGUCAAUAUGCAUAUCAAAUCUCUUUAAGAUAUGGCCAAUGAUGAUUACUGUAGCUGACGUAAGAUAAAUUCAAAUUUUGUAAUGGGUCCAAUCUGUAAAAUAAUGAAUCAAUACUGUGAUUAUGUAGUUAUGGCUGCUGCAACUAUAUGUAGUAUGAAAAGGUGUGUGUUAGUUGUUUGAAUAUUAUAUAUAUUACAAAUGUAUUAAGUCAAUUCUUGCCAUAUUUACCAUGAUCAAAAUAAAUCGUGAAAACUAUAAA